GUGGUGGUAUUAUCAUGCUCAGAAGAAUCAUGCAAUUCAGAAAAAUCAUGCAAUUCAGAAGAAUCAAGCAAAUUAGAAGAAUCAUGAUUAGCAAACAAAGGACUAGCAGCAUAUGGUAUGGACUCCACCUCAACAGGUGUACUACUAGGGCUCGACUCAGAAUCAGGAACUGACUUAACUAGACAAGGGAACUCGGAUUCAUUGAAAACAACGUUUCUACUUACCACAACCUUGAAACCUACCCGGUUCCUAUCCCAAACCCUGUACCCCUUCACACCCUCAGGAUAACCUAAGAAGACUCCUUUCUUAGACCUAGGAUCCAAUUUGUCACCUUGUUGGUGCACAUACGCAGCACACCCAAACACUCUAAGAUUAGACAAAUCAAGGGGCUUGUUUGAGAAAACAGAUUCAGGGCACUUCCCACCUAAGGGAACAGAGGGAGACCGGUUAAUCAAGUAGACAGCAGUAUUGACUGCUUCACCCCAAAACUUUUUCGACAAACCGGAGGUAACAAGCAUACUCCUAACCUUAUCUAGAACAGUCCUAUUCAUUCUCUCGGCUAUCCCAUUUUGUUGGGGAGUAUAGGGCACAGUUUUGUGCCUACUAAUCCCACAAUCAACACAGAGUUGGUCCAUAUCCUUAUUGCAAAACUCUAAUCCAUUAUCGGUUCUAAGGGUUUUGACCAUCUUACCAGUUUGAUUUUCUACAAGGGUUUUCCACUCCCUAAAUUUCACAAAGACAUUGGACUUAUGCUCAAGAAGACGGACCCACACCUUCCUAGAUAAUGGACAGAAAAUAUCUCUUACCCCCGUGGGUAGAGACACUAGCAGGACCCCACACAUCUGCAUGAACAUACUCUAACACAGAGGUACACUUAGUGAGAUUAGAAUAAGGGGAAGAUGGGAAUGUAACCUUAUGCUGCUUGCCUAACACACAAUAUUCACAGAAAGGGAUGGAGGACACAGAAUCCUUACCAAAACAACCAGAUUUAUGCAAAAUCUCUAAACCCUUAUUACUCAUGUGUCCUAAUCUAUUAUGCCACAAAGCAGUUUUAUCAGAACUAACAAACCCUUUUUUGCCUUAAACAAAACAAGGGAAUUUUUCAAAACUUUCAUGCACCCAUUUCCCCAUUUACCCUCAAGCCCACUACCCUCAAAAGCAGCUACAGAAAACAAGUUAUGACGCAAAUCAGGAACAUGUCUCACAUUUUUCAUAGUAAACACAGUCCCAUUAUCAAACUUCAAACAUACAUCACCCACCCCAUGUAUUUUGCAUUUCUUAUUAUCAGCAAGAGACACAAAACCAUCAUUGCAAGAAUCAUAAGAAGUAAACAGAGAUCUAAAAGGUGUCAUAUGAUAAGUACAACCAGAGUCAAUUAACAACUCAUUUUCAGUCAUGCUACUCAACACAGAAUUUGCAAAAUCACAGACCAUAAAAACUUCUUCAUGCAAGUUAUUAUCAUCUACCACAUUAGCAUGUUCAGACUUCUUAGGAUGGGGACAAUCCUUAAUGAAGUGACUAGAAUUACCACAAUUAUAGCACACUCUCUUCUUAGACUUACCUCUCUUCUUCCCCGGGUCAUUGUUAUUGGUCUGGUUCUUAUUAUUGCUACCCUUCUUAUGGUUUCUAGAUCUACUCUUAGACCUACCCCUCACAAGCAACGCUUCACCAGAGUCCCUAGAUUGACUGUUACUACCCCUCGAGUGUCUAAGGUCUAACUCCUUACUCCUUAACUCAUUAGCGACUAUAUCUAGCGUGAUAUCGUCUCUACCAUACUUUAUGGCAGACUUGACGUCAUUGUACGAGUCAGGGAUGGCAUUAAGUAACACUAUGGGUGUGUAGUCAUCUAUGUGUUUAUCACCGACUUGCUUAAUGUUCUGAAUAAGCUUGUUAAACACAGCUAGGUUCUCAUCUAUGUCCUUAGUCAGGUCAAGCCUAAACCUAAAGAACUUCUCAAGCAAAAACAAUUUUCCAGGCAAAGAAGUAUCGGUAUACAACUUAUCUAACUUGUCCCACAACUCUUUUGCGGAAUCUAUGAUACCCACCUUCCUGAGCACUGAAUCAGAAAGGUUUAGGUAAAUAGAGGAACAAGCAGUUUCAUUCAUUUCAACGCGUUUGGUAGCAUCCUCAGAGUCUAAAUAGAGACCGGUCACAGCUCUAUAGACUUUCUGUUGGAUCAACACGCAUUUGAUUUUCUGUUUCCAAAUAUCAAAAUCUGUCUUUCCGUUAAAUGGAAGCAUGCCAUAUUGAUUGACAACCAUAUUAACCGGAAAGUAAGCACAACACGCAAGAGAGUAAAUAAAAAAAUUUAUCAGGCUAUCAACCGGUACGAAGCAACUAGCACGAACAAGCCGAGAAGACCAAUGAACACAAAGCUCGGGUACAAUCUCCUUGUUCUUUCGUACCGUACGAAGCCACUAACAUGAACAAGCCGAGAAGACCAAUGAACACAAGGCUCAGGUACAAUCUCCUUGUUCUUUCGUACAAGCACAGAUAAUUUUUUUUAUUUAAUCAACAGACAGAUAAAUGAUUAAUUAUAACCUAUAGGACUAUCAAUUGUACGAAGCAACUAGCACGAACAAGCCGAGAAGACCAAUGAACACAAAGCUCGGGUACAAUCUCCUUGUUCUUUCGUACAAGCGCAAAUAGGCUAGAAUUAAAUCAACAAACAAAGAAACAGGAUUUAAAACUAAUCCGGACAUAAAUAUUCCCAAUUUCGGACAACAAGUAUCCAAACAAAUAUUCUUAACCGGAGAGUUUAUCCACGAAUCAACAAACUAAUAAUCACAAUUCCAAUUGCAAUUAAAAUGAAUGAACUACAAAUAAAAAUCACACAAAGGAUUAGUAAACGUAAUUGGGGCCAGGCACAACCGGAAUCCAAGACCACACAGGUCGGCAGUGGGGAGCGGGGGGAAAAUAAAUCCGGUGGCACUCCAGUACACCAAGGGUGGUUUUCGCCAAUUUACCUGAGCGGGGCCCGAGGUUGGGUUACCCGACUUACCGUAGGCAGCGUGGGCUGCUGUAGAGCACGGCGGCAGCGGACUGGACGGCGGCAGCACUCCCUGGAAGGCAGCAGCAGCAGGACCGAGGCUGGCAGCAGCUUUCCUGAGGCGGCAGAAGCUCUGGACGGCGCUGGAACUCUUCUGGACCGGUGGCAGGCGACUCCAGACGGCGGAGAGGCGACGGCAGGCGACGGCGUGGCAGCGGCAGGCCUUCAAUGGCUCUGAUACAACUGUUAUGUCUAGAAUCCAGCUCAGGUCUCAACCAAUUUCAUCCACAAAGGAUGAAUUCCACACACUAGGAUCAACAAGGGGUGUUUGUGGGCAUAUGCCUUCUACCUAAUUCCGACCAAAUCAAAGGGUUCCACAGAGGAGGCAGCAAGAUGAGGAAAUAGGGUUUCGACUCUCGUCAUUUCCAUUGGCAGGGAAGGUAGUAUAUAUAGGCGAACCAAAAUAACAGAGAUGGUAACUUACCUUCCAUGGAGUAAGGUUUGAAUUUCGCAGGUCUUAGCAAAGGAAAGAAUCGCCCAGAACAUAUGGGAAGAAGAGGAAGCCGAUCGUGAGGAAUAAAACCAACGGGCCGGGUAAAGGCUAAAGGGAAAAUGGGCUUAUAGUAAUAGGUGGGCCAAUACCAACACAGACGUCAUUGUUACGAAAUUUGUACCUGAUGAAGAUGGAGUGCAAGUAGCGUAUGUCAAGAAGAGGCACCAAAUUAAAAGCUAUAUUCCCAUUGCUAUACUACAGAUGGAUUUCCACAAGGAACCUCAUCCGGAUUCUCCAGCCAUUAGCUUCGCGGACCCUUGCUUGAUCUCUCUUUCCGGUGUCAAACGUUCAAGGAUAUGUCACGACAAGGAGUUCUUGCGUGCAAAGGAACAAGAGCUAAAUGGCGAGCUCAAGAAGAAAACGAAGAAGCAUAAGGAUGUGGAAUAUACAUUCGGGGGCUGAAAAUCUCGUGACCUUGACCUCAUUUGAUUUAAAAUAUGGCAUUUUUACACCAAUCGGAGGUGGUGGUGCAGGGAGGCAGUACAUGCGGUGGGAAAGGAUCGAACUCGCGAUGAAAGUCAAAGGAUGAGAACAGUCUGGACUCUAGAGAUGGAUAGUUGCUUCAUUGGAACAAGUUGGAAACUGGAUGACAUUACGUUUAACAAGCAUGCUUGGAAUGAGAUAUGGAAUUGUUCGGCGUGCAACUGAUAUGAAAGAAGAGAAGAAGCCUCACAUUUGCUCAGAAUUACAAAAAUAUCGGGUGUAUAUCUACACCUGGGUGUAGGAUAUAAUUUCAUGGAUAUGACUCCUUAUUUUUCAUUAUUUAUAUGUUUUACUCCUAAAGUGGCAUUUUUUGUUGUAUGUGGAAAUUUUGUAGGCUAAGCAUGUUUUUCUUGUAGUGGUAUAUAGAGUUAUUUAGCACUUGCACUGAGAUUGGAUUAACUCUAAUUCAAACGACACUUUAA